UACUAUGCUAUAUAGUAUUGGUGCUUUAAUGUACAACUCAAAGUUGUACCAUAACAUUAAAUGUAUAAGUUUAGGUUGUACCAUAAAGCAAUUUGUACCAUUAUGUUAUGGUACAACUUUAUAACUUGAAGUUGUACCAUCACAUAAAGGUACAAGUUCAAGUUGUACCAUAAAAGAAUUUGUACAAAAAGUAUAGGUACAAUAUGAAGUUGUACCAUAAUUUAAAUGUACGAUUUUAAGUUGUACCAUAAAGGUAAAACCCUAUAGCACCAAUACUAUAUAGCAUUGUAAAAUUUCUCUUUUCAUAAAAUGGAAGAGAAGUGCGGCAGAUUCUUGAUGAAGUCUCCUAGGGGCAAGGUUUGAUACUUCUGUUUUCCCUUCCGGUCAUCAAAGAAGAACCUGAACAAGAGCUCAAAGGCAUAUAUAAAAAUGGAAAAUAAUAAAAGAUAAUAAUUAUCUUACAGAGUUACAGUCUGCAGUUAAUUAAGGGGGUCAUUAUCUUCCUUAAUCACAUGGCUUAUUCCAUACAAAUAUGAGAAUAUUCGAGUUUUUCUGCUCAACAAAUAGCGUACUUCCCAGACCCUAUAAACACACAGUUAAGAAAACAGAAACAUGAGAGAGUGUUUUGCCAAGAUCUCCAUUUUUCGCAUAAAGCAAGAGUCAAAGAGAGUGGGAGUGGGUGGAUGGGGUUAGUCGGUUUAAAACUAUAAUUUUUGGAGAAAUUCAGAAUUAAUUAACUGAUUUCCUUUUCUAAAUCAAAACUGGAAAAUAAUAAAGAUAAUUAAUAAGAUAAUAAUUACCUUACCAUCCACACUUUAUUAAGGAAGUAACUAUCUUCCUUAACCGUAUGUCUUAUUCUCUACAAAAAAGAGAGGAUAUUCGGAAUUUUCCGAUAGACCUUAUAAACACACAAUUAAUAGAGCAAACAUGAUAUAGUGUUCUAUGAGAACUCUAUUUUUUGUACAAACCAAGAGUCGAAGAGAGUUGUUGUUUUAUACUAGAGGCGACUGACUAAUAGUCUUUUGUGUGCAUUACGAGGCAGUGUCACAAACAUUUUAAAAAGAGCGAGCUUGUCCACAACUUAGCCAGAUUCGGUUGCCAUAAUUUUUGUGUUCGAUUUCUAACAUUUUUAAGACGGUGUGCUACUUUAGCUACCAAACAUAACAUCGGAUCUGGAGCAAGUGCUCGCUACUAACUACUACUUCUAACACAAGCCAAGUGAACCAAUGAAAGGAUGUUGCAGCAUAUAGUGGUAGCAAGUUAUAAUAAAUAUUGAAUACUCGGAUCUCUAGAUUUACUAUUACUCAACUUCACCUUAUUAUCUAGCCAAUGAAAUCGUAGAAUUAAUGAUUAAUGAAUCUCAAACUUCUUGAACUCUUGGUUCGUAAUCCAGAGAGUCCUUAAUAAGUCUUCAAUAUCGAUUAAAUCAAUCAAUGCCCUCUUGGUCGAUUGCUCACAGGAACACUAUCCUCAACUAACACAAACAAUCAAGGCAAUCCAAACUAGACACCCUCUAUUGGUUGAUUUCUUACCCAAUACAAAGCAUUGGUCGACUCACUCUCGAACAUUCGAUCACUUACUUCCAAUCGAUGUCUAUCUAUCAACAUAAUCAGAUAUUAUCUCUUCUAUGUCAAAGCAUAAAUCAAUAAUACUUGGCCAAUGCAAAAUUGAUUCUUAAAACAUGCAUAGAUUGCAUGUGAACAUAGGUUUAACAAGUAAGAGUACUCGUACAAUAAUCAAAUCAACCAAACAUGACUAGAGUUCCUCAUACCCAAGUGAAAGGAAGUUUACUCUAUAGAGAGAGAAAGGAAUGUAAAGGGAUAAGAUGAACGACUUCAUGGUGAAGAUAUUAUUCUUCUGACAUUCUUUUUCCUCUUCUAAACUUGUUUCCCGAGCUCCAUUGGUGAAGAAAUGGCCCAAAAUUGCUCCAAGAACUCUCAAAUGACGUCGUACAUCUCUCUAGAGUUCAUCCUUUAGGGGUGUUUGGGAGUCCAAAGCCUAGCUCUCUCCUUUGAAAAUCAUAGAUAUCCUAUUUAUACCCGAAACAAUGGCAAAGUUAUGACCAUGACUUUAGGAUUUAUGGUCGUGACUUUCAGAACGCAACACAAAAGUUAGUGUCAGUGGAAAAGUCACUCUUGUGAAUUUGGAUCAAGCCUCUGAAAGUAUGUCAUGGCUUGUGUUUCUUGAUUCUCACGGCCACGAUUUUCAUGCCCAUGACCGUGAGAAUUAUCAUUGGUCUAAUUUUGCUCCUUUUUUAUCUCAAAAUGCCACAAAACUCAAUCAUGACCCAUCGCCAAACUCUAAGACCUGAAAUAUGGCCAACAAACAUAUCUUAGCAUAAAAUCGUCAAAUGAUAUGGUGUUUUCUAGAUAAAUGGUUAAUAAACAAUAAGAAUUUGGGGGGGGGGGGGGUAAACAUAUAUAAUUAAGCACUUCUCACACUCUUUCACACUUAAUCAUUUGCUUGUCCCCAAACAAAUUACAUACAACACAUAUUUUGUCAAGAGGAUGGGAAAAUAGCCUCAAGGAGGAAGCAAAUAAAAGCAAAGAAAGCAAAAAAGAAUAAAGCAUAGGCACAAAAACGCGGAAAGGAUCGAACAAGGGCUUGGUUUACUGGUGAUAACACUUGUUUUGGAGUCAGAGGUCUCAGGUUCAAUUCAUUCAAAUAACACCUAGUCACAAAAGUAAACUGAUAUCACUCUUACAAAAAAGAUGAUGAAAGGACAAGAAAAAUAAAAGGGAGCCACCGCCGACUGCUUGGAGGCUCCGACAACAACCCUUUUUAAUUAUGGUCGUUUGAUUUUGGUAAUAGUUAAAUUGAUGAAUUGUCAUCAAUACAUGCAUAAUAAUAUACAUGUAUAUAAGAAAAAUGGUGUAUUUUAGUUUACAUAGUUUGGUUUCUGUGAUAGUUGUUAUAAUAUUUAAAUAAAUUAUAUUACUUUUUGUAUAAAAUGUCUUUUGUUUUUAAUAUAAAAAAGCAACACAGAUAAAAAUGUAGAGACAUAGUUGGAAGAAAAAACCCCAACAAUCUCACUCAAAACUUGAGAUUUAACUAUCAUUCAUUUUGAAUGAUAGUUUGUGUCACAUUAACCAAACAAUGCAUGUAUUGUUUGUGCAGAAAAUUCAGAAAACAAUGCAUUGUAACAGGGGAUAAAGAAAAUUUUUCUUUUUCUCAGUAGGACAACUAACACGCGCCACCCACAACCAACCGCGUCACUUACCGAGAUGUCGUUGUAGGGUACGUGGCACACACCAAUAGGACACAAAGCUAGCCAAUCGGAGUUUGUCUUCUCUAACAGUCUACAUCGACUGGUUUUACCGUUUUCCAUUUUUACUAUUCAUCUGCUCUGUUUCAGUUUACCAGCACAACUGAAUUUCCCUUUGUUCUUGUAAUCAUGACUAUAUAUAUGAAAUGAGAUGGAGAAGAAGGGUAGGUCAAAAUCCUAAUCCAUUCACAACCCAACACGUUGUUAUGGUAUCAGAGCUUGGUUAGGGUUCCAACCCUUUCCACUAUGUUCUUUCACUUUUCCUUCUUCCUUCUUCUCGUUUCUGUUUUUGUGUUCUUUGAUCAUUUCAAUCAUGGCGAACGAAACCCAAAGUGCAACCCAGAGUGAAAGCGACAAUGCUUCAGGGAAUCGCCCAGCUAGUGGGUACCCUCUAGCAUAUCUGUUUUACCUUAAUGGGCCCGAGCAACCAGGUCAAGUUCUGGUCAAGUUAUAGCCUUGCAAUAUUUGGGAGUAAGGGUUCCUGAUCAACAAAGAGGAGAAUGGAACUCAAGCCCUAACUCAAGUAUGAGAGGAAGAGGAAGAGGCAGAGGCAGGGGUCGUUCAGGCACACUAAGACCCUAUUGCACCUACUGCAAGAUGCAAGGUCACACUGAAGACACUUGUUAUCAUAAGCAUGGAUGGCCAUCUGGGAUGUCUCCUAUAGGUGGUAGAGGAAGUGGCAAUACUGAUUUCAGGCAAGCCAAUGUUGCUCUAGGCACAGAACAAGGGAACAUAAACACUGCUGAAGGGAUGACUUUGCAGAAAGAGCAAUAUGAAGCACUGAUGGGUCUUCUUAAGAAUGGAACUGGCAACAAUGCACCAUCACCAUCUAGAUCACACAUAACAACAAAUUUUAUCAGUAAGAACAAUCCAAAUACAAGCAAGUAUACUCUAUUAGUACUACCACAGGCAGAAAAUGCUUAUGGUGGCACUUGGAUUCUUGACACAGGUGCCACAAAUCAUGUCAUUUGUGAUCAUAGUAUGUUCAUGCUCAGUACUCCUAUUUAGGGAUGACAAUGGGGCGGGUUUGCCUAAAUCAUCCCCAUUCCUGCUUUUAAAUAUCCAAACCCAUACCCGCCUCAUACCCAUGCGGUGGAAGAUUUAGCAAACCCAUCCUCCAUACCCGUGGAUUUCGGGCACCCAUGGGUAAUACCCGCCCCGUACAUCCAACAUUAUAAAUAACUAAAACUUUACAUGUAAAUUUUCAGUUAUAACAUUAAACACACCUACUAUAUCAUGAAGUCGACAAAGUGACAAUCAUUCUUAAUAUGGUUCAAAGCAUCUUAUCCUAAAACAUUCCUUAAUCCAUAAAAUAGAGUACAAUGU